AUGCCUUAUAAUUUGGUAAGAAAUGUUCCAAAUAUAGACUGUCGUCGAUUAUUCAAACACGAUAUUGGAGAAAUUAAAAAAGUUUAUCGGUUAGAGAAAUUCGUCAACGAGGCAGUUUGGUCUUUUAAUGAGCUCACAAGUGACUGCACCAAGUUCAGGAAAAGCAGAGGGUAUAUCACAGAUUCUUCAACAGAUGAGGAAAAGCGUUUCCCUAUAGCUUACAACAUUCUAGUUUUCAAGAGUCCACAGCAAUUUGAAAUUCUAUUACGAGCAAUAUACCGUCCGCAAAAUUUUUAUUGUGUUCACAUUGAUAAAAAAGCAUCCGAUGACAUUUUUAAGGAAAUAUCAAGCAUAAUUAGAUGUUUCUCAAAUGUGUUUCUGGCGCCUAUGAGGAUUUCAGUUGAGUGGGGGAAGAUGAGCGUGCUAACACCUGAAAUACAAUGCAUGAAAGUAUUAUUAAAAUUUAGUUGGAAAUAUUUUAUAAAUCUGACGGGACAAGAAUUCCCACUCCGUACAAAUUAUGAAUUGGUGAGAAUAUUGAAAAUCUUUAAUGACUCAAAUGAAGCGGAAGGUUUAUUUAAAAGAAACGCAGACGUUGAAAAGCGAUGGUCAUCUGCGGGGACGCCACCACACAAUAUCCAUCUCAUUAAAGGGGCGGUUCACGUGACCCUCAACAGAGAAACAGUGCAAUAUAUAGUAAAUAAUCCGGUUGCAAAGGAGUUUUUAGAAUAUUUACAGAAAACGGAUAUUCCAGACGAAUUAUUUUUUGCAUCCCUUACUCAUAAUCCUCAUCUAGGUGUUCGUGGAACAUUUAAAGGGGAUAUAGAAAAAGAUGACACAGAUUUUUCAUCUACAAAGCCCUAUCUCUCCCGGUUUAAGAUAUGGAAGAAUACACGAUAUUCCUGUCAUGGCCAAUUUGUAAGAAGUGUCUGUGUAUUUGGGGUCAAAGAUCUUCCGAUUCUAGCACUACGCCCAGAGUUUUUUGCCAAUAAGUUCUAUAUCGACUACCAGCCAUACACCUUGAGAUGUAUGGAGGAAUUGAUUUUUAAUAGAACAAGGGAUGAAUAUUUCCAACGGUUGCAGUUUCGGACGGAUUAUUAUGAAAGAUUAGAGUACAUAAAGAAUAUUGUGUAG